AACCCUCAACAAUAUUGAUAGCUGAUUUAAUUCAGCAUUUAAUUUACUGCUCGCUGGGCACCCACUCUCCUAUUUCACUCCAUUUCCUCUUUUAAUAUCUGGAGAAUACAUCUUACUAUAAUGAUGUCUUCCUCUUUCAUUCUGAACACUUGCAUUGAUACGUGCCCUUUCUUUGUGGUCUUGUGUUUAGUGCUUUUUAUAAUUGCGUUAGGUGGGACAUGAGGUGAGAAUGUGAAAUAUUCAUUAUGCUUUACACAUGUAGUUUUAUAUUAUUCUUUAGGUGCACGAAUUGUUCAAUUAUGUGCCGAGCGUUAAGAGAAUCAGCAUCAGAGCAGUUUCACAAAGUUGUGUAUGAAAACCUGCUGCCAAAGCACACUGCCACUGUUUACCAGUGCACUGGGUGCCCUCUCUGUCACACCCAACUUAAUUACCAUCCUAAGUGGAUAGUGAGUGAAAAAUAGCAGUCAUACAUGAUGUGAUCACUAUUUCACAUCCUGGCGCAGAAGGCCAGGGAGUGGACUCAACCCGCCUGGUCAGUAACAGUACAGCGUUAGCUAAUAAAGAGCAUGCAGCCACAGUUCUCUGGGAGUCUGUCAUAAUCCACUUUUGAAAUAUGUUAAAACCAAGCGCGAGUUUCAUGGCUGUCUGAGACAUUCUUUAUUGCUGCAUAAAAACUCAGAGGUGAUCUGAGGGAGCGUCAGUGGGCUACACAAAGAGAAGCCGAGAGAGCAGUUGUUACUCUGUAAACUGAAGAUCAAACCCAGUAUUUUACACAACAUGAGGGCUGCAUCUUACAGCCAGAAGAGCCUGCAGGUUAAAGGCUCCAGCGGCAGAGUAAGGGUUCAGAGCCCGUCACCUUCCCGGUGCCGUGGAUCUUCGUAUGACAGUCGCGGACGCUCCGGUAAUCGCAGCACUGCCAUCGAGUUGGGCACAGAGAUACACCAGCAACAUGCCAACGAGAAAGAGGAAAUGCAGGAACUCAAUGUCAAGUUUGCAGGAUACAUUGCAAAGGUCCAGGCACUAGAGCAGAGAAAUGCUGCUCUUCAUGUUGAGUUGGCUGCACUGCAGAGCCGCUACAAGGGAAGCCCGUCAGGUAUCGGAGAAGAAUACGAGCUCAAGUUUAAAGAGGUGCGGGACCUGAUUGAGGCCCUGACUAAUGAGAAGGGAGUAGCUGACAUCGAACGUGGCUACAUCGAAGAAGAGGUUGAAGUGUGGAGACUAAAGCUUGAGGAGGAGCUGGCACUGAAAGAAGAGGCAGAGAUGAUCCUGAGUGAGUUUCGUCAAGAUGUUGACGGUGCCACACUGCAGAAGGCUGAGCUGGAGAAGCGCAUAGAGCAACUAGUGGCCGAGAUAGAGUUCCUCAAGAAGCUGCAUGAUGAAGAGGUGGCUGACCUCAUGAAGCAGAUUGAGGACUCAAAGAUUACCGCAGAGCUUGACGGAGAUCGGCCUGACCUGGCUGCUUAUCUGCGCAGCAUGCGUGCAGAGAUAGAAUCUGUUGCCGCCCGCAACGUCCAGGAAGCUGAGAAGUGGUACAAGAGCAAGUUUGACACCCUCAAGGAGCAUGCUGGCAAACACGAGGGCCAAAUGAAGACCAUGAAAGACGAAAUCACGACCUUCCACACCCAAGUGACAGAGCUGCAGAACCAGAUUGAUGGACUGAGGUCUAGCAACUCAGCCCUGGAUCAGCAGCUAGAGGAGAUGGAUAUGUCCCACAUGGAUAAGGUGGAGACUCUCGAGGGUGUCAUUGCUCAAUUGGAGGCCCAGCUCUGCGAAACCAAACUGGAGAUGACCAAGUAUCUCCAAGACUACCAGGAACUGCUGCACAUUAAGCUCAAGCUGGAUGCGGAGAUCGCCACCUACAGAAAGCUGCUGGAAGGAGAGGAAAAUAGGCUUGGAAUUGCCAAAGAUGUCUAAAUAUCUGGGAUGAGGGGAGCCGCAAGUCCAAAGCAGCCACAGCGAAGGCCAGCCGAGCAUUGUGAAAUGGAUUCUUCCGAUCUUUCCCUUUCUUCCACUGCUCUACCCUCCUUACUCCAACGACUGGGUAUUGUUUGAAAUGUUUUGAUACCAGUGACCAUUUGACACCUCAAUUUAACAAAUGUGGACAAUGAUAUCAAAUAUCAUUAUUGAUGUAAAAUGUUGUCUAAACACAUGUUCUUUAGCAAUAACUUUGCCUGAAUAGAAUAUUUUAAAACUGGCAAAAUGUGGAUUUUAUAAACUGAGGGAAAACAUAUACCUACUCUGGUGAGGUGCUGGCUUUUAGGCAUACAUCCUAAAGAAGGCUUGUGAGUGUGGCUUUCCCAAAAUUUGGAUUCGAAUCAGUAGGUAUCUGAUCAAAAAUAAAGUAAAGAAGAUUACAAAUAUGAGCAGAGAUUGCCAGAUUUCUGUACUUGACCACAUUUUCAUCUGUACCCAAAAGUAUUGAGGUUUGAUACCCAGCCCUUCUUACCCUGUGCUUACCUUGCCACACCCUGGCCCCAUUAUCCUUAUGUCUUUGCUUACAAUGCCUGUUUGCCUCCCAGUCCUUCAAAUUUGACAUAAUUUCCUCUAAAACAACCGCCCUGUCCUUCUGUCUGUAACAAGCUCUACCCUGUUGCCCCCUGGUUUUCUCAGGUCCCCUUAGUAAUACACUUUUCCUUUACUCCUUUUCCUACAACACCCUUGCUGAAUUCACCUUCCCUUUUUUCCUGUCAAAUCAACCCCACUGUUUUACUUCUGUCCCUCCCUUUUGCUAAAUCUUCUCACUUUUUGCUGCCUCUGCUUCGCUCGAUUCAACUUUAGGAUCUUACCUCCUUUACAAAAAACACCGUUUGUCCUGCUGUGAUGUGUCACAUCUCAACCCAAACAAAGCAGGACUGAUAACAUCAGUGUUUUGCUGGUCUUUGCGGUACACCCUGAUUUUUACAAAUGUUUUGACGCGACACGACUAUUGACCAUUUACACUAAUGUUGACCAACUGUUACCUAAUAAAGAUUGAAGUGAGUGCAUACACAAUAAUGCAUUGAUCUUUUUUUUUUCCUUUCUCCUGUGAAUUAUAUGGUGUACUCCUUUUCUUAUUGUCUACUUCAUAUCUUUUUGUUCUAACUUUAUUUCUCUGUCUGCUCUCUAUUCAUCUCUCCACCAUUAUUUUAUCCUACUUUAUUUAUUCCCACAAAACAGUAAAUGUGCUGAAAAGCAGUUUUUAC